AUGACAUUCGACUCCUUUUCUCCUCUGGAGGUGAUUGAAGCUGUGGGAAACACGGGUGUGCACAAGGGUAACAUGCGCUUGGACAAAGUAUUCUUCAGCGCUGUCUCUGCUGGAUGUCUACUCUCCUUCGCAUGUGGAACUGUCCUAAGCACCAAUGCCUCCCCCUGGUUCCAAGAAAACGCCGCUGGUUUGAUCCGCACCAUCAGCGCCUUAGUCUUCCCUUACGGACUGUGCAUGAUCAUUUUGACAGGUGCUGAUCUUUGCACUGGCUCCUUUAUGUUCACUACCGUUGCUGCUUUGCAACGCCGACUACCGUGGUGGAAGAUGCUUGUGCACUGGCUUGUAACCUUUUUGGGAAACCUGGCAGGCUCUUUAUUCCUGGUUGCAAUUAUCUUUGGUUAUGGUGAGGUCUUCUCGAAGGACCCGUUCAAGUCGGCCGUCAUCAGUUUCGCGACAAAGAAACAAGUCACUCCGGACUUCCACAUGAUUUUCCUCCGUGGAAUUGGUUGCAAUUGGCUGGUUUGUCUGGGAUGUUUCUUCGGCCUGCAGGGACGCGACCUGGCAUCGAAAAUUAUUGGUAUCUGGUGGCCUAUCUUUGCUUUUGUCUCUCUUGGAUUUGAUCACGUUGUUGCCAACAUGACAUUCAUCCCUCUGGGAAUCUGGCUUAAUGCUCCUGGGAUCAGCGUUGGUCUGUAUAUCUGGAAGGGUAUUAUCCCCACCUUGAUUGGCAACAUCCUUGGUGGCGGCCUCUUCUGCGGUACAUACUACUGGUACAUGUAUCUUCUCGACUUGAACACACUCCCAAUCACUGGUUUGAGCAAGAAGACGGACUCUCCGACUCGACCCGCAACGAAAGGCGAUGUCGAGGCGGCUGCUGCAGACGCCUCUCCGGCAUCUACAGUACUGCACGCUUGA